AGGCAUUUAUGCUUAAAAGAAUUUUUCCUUUUUUUUCAUUGUUCUCAGAAUACAAACACAAAGGGAUUUAUUGUGCUUUGACAUCAACAGGUUAAUAUUUCUCAUGUCUUAAAUGCUUCUCUGAGAUGUCUUACGCAACUCAAUCUCAGGCCAACAUAACUGUUGCAUUGGGGUUACUGGAAAGAGUGAUGCUGUCCACUCUAACUACAGUACCGUGCUGUGUAUUCUUCUUCAUUAAUGUCAUCAUGUUGUUCACCUUGAGGAGUAAACCAGUGUUUUGUCAGACCUCCCGUUACGUUCUUCUGUAUAACCUCCUUUUUGCAGACACUAUGCAGAUGGCAGUCAGCCAGUUACUGUACAUACUGUCUAUGUGUAGAAUAAUGUUGACUUAUCCUGUCUGUGGUCUUCUUGUCAUGUUCACCAAUCUCACAAAUGAAGUCUCCCCUCUCACACUGGUCAUGAUGUCUCUGGAGAGAUAUGUAGCUGUGUGCUACCCUCUGAGGCACGCUACCAUCGUCACCAUCAGAAACACAGCAGUGGCCAUCAUUGUGGUUUGGGCCUUUUGUUCACUAAAUGUCCUCAUUCGAGUUCUUUUGCUUUUAGAUUUUCCAUUUGAAGACCUGGAGAGCCUGCAGAUGACACAAUUUUUUGGUGCACUUGUCAUGUUUCUUGGGCAAAUAUCUGAUCAUUAUGACAAAGCCUAUACUUGUUUUCUGUUUGUAUCAGCUGGCAUGGCAAUCACUUCCUCCUAUAUUGGUGUGAUGAUAGCAGCCAGAUCGGCCUCCACAGACAAAGCUUCAGCCCGUAAGGCUCGUAACACACUGCUGCUGCAUCUGGUGCAGCUGGGCCUCAGUCUCUCCUCAACUAUGAAUAACCCAUUGCUCACAGCUAUCUCAGAAAUUGCAUCGAGGGUAGUACUUGUGCGCAUCCAGAUUGUUUUUUAUGUGUGUGUUUUUCUCCUCCCCAGAUGUUUGAGUGCUCUCAUCUAUGGUCUCAGAGACCAGACCAUCUCUCCUCAACUGUACACAACUCAUUCCUUGUAGCCAGCUCAACAUUUUUAACAAGGGUAAUGUUUGUGCGUUUACAGAAUUUUUUGUAUGUGUGCUUUUUCAUUCUCCCCAGGUGUCUGAGUGCCCUUAUCUAUG